CAGAGCGGAGUGGUCGAGCAGGCACAUAGAAUUGAGUCAUGUCCUGCAAGUAGAUGGGGGCUGUCCUGUUGGCGGCAGUGUAGGCAAGAGUCAGGGCUUUGAACCGGAUCCUGGCAGCGACCGGUAGCCAGUGAAGUGAUCGUAGCAGAGGAGUGACGUGGGAGAAUUUGGGGAGGUUGUAGAUGAGUCUGGGGUGGCUGGUAGAAUUUGGUUAAUAAAAUAAAAUAAAAUUUUAAAAAGUUAAUUUUCCACCCUCAUUUAGUGGUUAGCUUCAGUAAUAUACCGAAGCACACAUCUAUAAUUUAUGGAUUCACUAAUAAUUGACUUAAUGACAAUCUUUUUGUAUUUUGCAUCAUCUAUCAUGAAGCCUAUCAUGUAAAUGACUGAAAUGUCUCAAUGUAUUGAACAUUUGUAAUUACACUAUCAGUUGUUUCACCCAGAACAUCUCAGAACAUCUCAUUGCCAAUAUAUAGCUUCAAAGAUGCAAUACCUUGAAAUAUAACUUGCUAACUAGCUGUGUACAUUGGAUUUAUCUUUACACAUCAUUGCCAAGAUGUUUUUUUCAUGUAGCAGCCUCUCCUCCUCUGUGCCACAUCAUGGGUCCUUACCACUGAAAUAUAAUAUAUUAUAUAUAAAUAUAUUAUAUAUAAAUAUAUAAAUAUAUUUAUUCAUGUACUUUCUGUUUUUAUGAUUAUAGAUGCAUUUCAUCGUGCUUUUACUUUAAGUCUAUUGGCUAAUUAAUAAACUAUUUUGUAUUUUAAAUGACACCAUUCAUUUUUGUUUCAAGACAAAAUUUUUGUUUUGUUUUUGUCCCUGCUGGUUUUAUGUUACUUUCUUAUCUUCUUGGAUACUGUGAUAUUUCCUCAGUCUUGGAUGGCAUGAGAUGGCUUUAGACAGGAAAGUCAACACUAUUCAACAAAUUUGACUGAAACUACUCAUUGCAGCAAAAUAAAUAAAUAUUGACGUUCAUACAAAUGAAUGAUUGAGUUGAGGUCAAGUGCGGUCAAAGUCAAGUACCUGAUGCAUGUGAACAUGUUGGUCUGCGGUGGUGUGCAUUACCAAAGGAGAAAGCAACGGUCCUAACUCUACUUUUACUUCAUUCACUGCAUUAAGUUUCCUAAAACCUUCAUUGUAAUAAACAAUUGUGUAGCCAACACACGACGGCGUCGGAGAGCUCAGAUGAGGGCAUUUGUACGCAACAUAAACACGGAAGUGCAAGAGAGGCGGAAGGUUCUUGCUGUGUACAACUCGGUGAACGGUCCUGCUUCUGCGAUACCACUUCCGGAAAACAAUACGCCUGGAUCUAUGUAGAACGAACGGCGGUAAAAACUUCAAAAAAACAAAUCUUUCAGUAACAAUCCCUGCCGGACAUGAGAAUUACAAGUUUUGGCAUCCUUCUUGGGCUUCUGUUGGCCUCGCCAGCAUCUCCAAGCCGUGUGCGUUUACCUGGGAAUGUCGGCGAUUCCCUCACUCUCCCCUGCCAUGGAGACCCCAGCAGGGAUGUGGAGUGGCGGUUUCAGCAGUAUCAGCUUGGGCCUCAUACUGAGCCUGACUGGCUGCUCGUGGCCGAACUCCACAACGGAUCCUUUUCCCCAGGAAGCGGCUUCCAGGGACGGGUGGAAUCCUUCCACCUAACAGAGCCGGGAAACUACAGCCUCACCCUCAGUCCUGUGGUGUACAAUGACCUUGGCAUUUACACAUGCCAGUACAAGGAUAAGACCAUUCUUUCAGUUCUGAAACUAGAAAUUGGAGUCUCAGGCCCAUCAAAUGUUUCCGUAGCGAUGGGAAUGUCCGCCAGUCUUCCUUGCUUUGGGAACAUUAAUAAACGAGCGCGUGCUGGUGAUCUGGAUAUCCUCUGGAAGAGAGGUAGAGAGAAUGUUUACCAGCUCCAUAAGAACACCAUCACAUAUGGGCCCAAGUUCGAGAACAGAGCUUCAGUUUCCCCAGAACAAGCCCUCUAUGGAAACCUGUCUUUAACCAUCAGACAGACACGAUUUUCAGAUGAAGGCGACUAUCAGUGCUUCUACAACAAUCGAAAAGAGAGGGGAAACCCAAUUUCUGCCAAACUCAUUGUUACAGGCCACCCACCCCAGACCCUCACAGUGAAGGCCGGUGAUUUGCUCUCCAUACCGCUCUAUACCGCAGACCCAGUGAGGGUAACAUUCAGUGCAGGCCUUGGUUCAGAUGAGGUGCUGAUGCUCGAUGCAAAUAAAGGCCCAGCCAGGCAUGGGGAGCGUUGUGCUCAGAGAUGUGAGCUUCUGGCCCAGAACUACACCCUUUUGCUGUGGAAUGUGACACUGGAGGAUGCCGGAGUCUACAAGGUGACCGAUCCUGAGACCAACAGGACCAUCGUCUCAGUCUCUGUGCGAGUCUCAGGCCUGCCUCGCUCUGUAGCAGAUUCAGGACUCCCUGCAGGAGCAGUGGCUGGGAUCGUAUUGCUGGUGUUGGCGCUGUUAGCAGUCUGCGUUGUAGUCUGGAAGUACCGCGCGAAGUUCAGCAGACCCCCUGUAUCUGUGCCUGAAACCCAGCCUUCUCACCCCGUACCCUGUCUCCCUCUGUCCGAGAUCCAGACUUCACCUGCCGAACCCCGUCUAUCUGAGCCUGAGACCAAGCCUUCUGACCCCGAACCCCGUCUAUCUGAGCCUGAAACCCAGCCUCUGAUGCCUGAGACCCACCCUCUGAUGCCUGAGACCCAGCCUCUGAUGCCUGAGACCCACCCUCUGAUGCCUGAGACCCACCCUCUGAUGCCUGAGACCCAGCCUCUGAUGCCUGAGGCCCAGCCUCUGAGGCCUGAGGCCCAGCCUCUGAUGCCUGAGGCCCAGCCUUUGAUGCCUGAGACCCAGCCUCAGAUGCCUGAGACCCAGCCUCAGAUGCCUGGGACCCAGCCUUUUGACCAGAAUGAAAAGCUGGAGAAAGGGGAUGGAAUCCUGUAGAGCCAAAGACCUAUGACAUCACAGAGUGAGAAAGAGAGAGAAACCGAGAAAGCGAGAUAAAUGGAUAUUUUUACUUUUGUAUAACAGAAGUCAUUUUCUGACACUCACCCCAUUUUCACCCCAACCCAUGACAUCAGCUGUCCCUGCUGACUGUUCCUUCUGGUAGUCCGGCUUCCAGUUCACUCCCAUUCAUUACUCCCUGAGCUGACCAGAGGAGGAUGGGUUCCCCCCUUGAGCCUGGUUCAUUCUAAGGUUUGUUCCCAUCUGCCACAGGGAGUUUUUCCUUGCCACUGUUGCCUUAGGGUUGCUCCUGUGGAGGGUUUAGGCCAGUGUUGUUUGACCAUUGUUUGUGAAAUGCGCUAAAUACUUUUUUUAUUUGAUUUGAUUUAAUGUUCUGUUUGUGGUCCUGGAGACCCCAGAUAACGUUGUUUUAUCAGCUUGAUACUGUCAUGGGUAUGGGGUGUAGUGGCCUUGUGCUGCCACUAGAGGGCACCCAGCAUCUGGAAAUGCUUCAUUUGUUUCAGGUGUUUUGAUUUCCACCUGGGGAAGUGCCUUUAUUUAGCAUUGACUGACCAGCAAUCAGCGCUUCUGUGUCAAACCUCUUUUACACAAAGCCAGUUGGAGAAUUGUGUUGAUUCUGUGUCCUCUGUUUUUAUUUUGAGAUCAGUCUCAGGGUUUGGUAUGAGAGCUUCGCCUCUGUAUCACUGGUCCCUUUCUUUUCGCCCUGGUUUGUAACGGGUAGUUUUUGGUUUCUCGAGCCAGUUUUGCGGCUGGACAGGUUUGUCCUUCGGAGUCAUUUUUACUCCGUGUUUUCUGUUGGUAUACAAUCCUGUGUGUGCGGGAGUUUCUCUCCCAAGGAUCUUAUUUUUUUGUGUUUUAGUUUCGGGUGUUCCCUUUCCUUUGUCCUUCGGGACUUGGUGGCUAACGCUUCCUGUAGCGUUAGCUUUUCGUUCCCCUGUAUUAGUCGCUUCUGGUUCUCCGACGCCCCCCACCAUUACAGAUACUUAUUGAUAUUUCCUAAUUUCCUGAGAACAGCUAAUGAGCAGGAUUUUGAUUGGGUGGCAUCUUUUAGGAGUUCUCAAAAUUGCAUGUAAGUUCUGUUUAGUUUCUGUUAGCACUUAUGGUGCUUUUGCCUUCUCCGCUCCUUCAGCCUUAGCACCUUGCAGGGUUAGGGACCUUUUAGCAGAGGCAGCAAAUCGACCCCAAACAUAAAUUACGCAGUUGUUUUGGGAAACAAAAUAAAUAUUUAUUCUUAUAUAGCCCCUAUAAUAUGUGAAACAUGAAAUAUUUCCAUUUUUGGUGCAAUAAUAUUUCUUCAUGAUCACUCACUUUUUUCCUCAUCUCAGUUUGUGUUUGUGUCUGAAGAAACAUUCGGGGCAGAAUCUGCCAGUUCUCCUGGUGCAUUUUUGGCAUACAUCAGUAAUCUUUUUGUGUUCCUUUUCUUUGUCUUAGUUUGUAUGUCUCUUAUCUACUUAUGGAGUAGCAGUCUUUAUUGGUCUUUCUUUGUAAAUAAAACUACCUAUCCUUAGUUAUAGCCAACAGUCAUAUUGUACCAUGAUGCACUGAAAAGGGAAAACAGUUUAUCUAAAGUACGUGGUUUGCAUAUACACUGAACAGGGUGUGCAUCUCUGCGAGGACCAGUCAGUGUAUUGGCCUUAUAGACGGUUUAGAGGUAGCAUCGUAAUACGGGUUACUCACUGGGCAUAGUGAUAGUUUCACUGACCGGAAGUGCAGCUGCUCCGGGACAGAUGUUAAUUUCAGUGUCCAGAGAUCCUAGUAUUACUUCAUGCAAAUAGGAAAUGGGUCAUAGUCUGGGAUAUUUAAAUGGUCUCACUCACCAGAUGGAGUAAUCUUAGUUAGGGCUCCCUGUUUCAGCUGUUAGUUUUGGUACCUGGACAAAGAUAUUUUCCAGGUUGGAGUUGAUUAUUUGUGGCACAGAAACAUUAUUUGCAAAAUUCCCGGAUGAGUAGCACCUUUACCUGCCAGGAUAGAAGGUCUUAGUGUCAGGGAACAAUUAGAUGAAUGCCUGGCAGCAGUAGAUAGUCUUGCUCUCUGGGGUACAAAUCUUGCCAUCCAUUAUUUCAGCACACCCCAGUGAAUACAUGUAUACGCAAACCCGUACUCACACGAACUUCCACAUUACAGGUUAAUGGAGUCAGAUAAACUUGUUUUCCUCCCUGUGCCCAUGUCUGCAUCUUUACAAUGUGUAUAUUUCCUAUGAUCAAUGUUGUUUACAAAUUAAAUAAUGUGAACCUCCUAUUACAGGCAAUUGGCUGAUGCUCUGCUACAGCGCAACUUGCACAAGUUUUGUAAAAAUAUAAAUAAAAUACAGUUGUAAAAAUGAUUUAUAAUGCUGAAAUAAAUUUUGAAGACUUUAAAAAAAAUCAGUAAUUCUUGAGAUGAGCUUAUUUGAAACACUUUUGGUUUUAAUUGAUAAGCCAGGUUUCUGUUAAUCACAGUCUGAACUUUUCACAUAUUCCAUGGCUUUUCUUCAUUUAAAAUGUUAAAGUUAAAGUCAAUGUACACCUUUUGUAAGUAGAAUAGAGCAACUAUGUCAACCCAAGAUAAAGCAUAUCACAUCUUCCUAAUGCAAUUCAUGAUGUCAUAAAACUCCUUUUAAAAUG